AUGCUGAGUGUGGAGAUGUAUCCCAGUUUGGCUCUGGGACCACAGAGGAUUGGAGACUGCUUUUACAGAGAACGGGAGGCUCCUGCCCACAUGCCACUGUACCCCCCCGCCUGUGACGUUGCAGCUAAAGCCCUGCCCCCGAGGCUGCUGGCCCCUCCCCCUGUCCCCAAUGAGCCUGUCACCAAAACCCAAAAAGACGAGGUGAAGAUGGACCUGGAGAACGCGUUCUUAUGGAAACAGUUCAGCUCGGUGGGCACGGAGAUGAUCAUCACAAAGAAGGGCAGACGAAUGUUUCCCGGGCUGAGGUUGAAGCUGUCAGGCCUGAAUCCAUCUCUACGUUACAUCCUCCUCUUGGACAUCGUCCCGGUGGACAACUCCCGCUAUCGUUUCCAAGGCGGUGGCUGGCAGGCUGUUGGCGGGGCGGAAGCUCGGCUGCCAGACCGGGUGUUCAUCCACCCAGACUCCCCCGCCACAGGUGCUCACUGGCAGAGCCGCACCAUCUCCUUCCACUUCGCCAAGCUCACCAACAACACACUGGACUCACAGGGACAUAUCAUCCUACACUCGCUGCAUCGCUACCAGCCCAGGGUUCAUGUAAUUGAAGCCAGAGACGUGCUGAGGUGGGGCGGAGGGCAGCACUCCUUUGUUUUCCCUGAGACCCAGUUUAUCACAGUCACCGCCUACCAGAACAACAAGAUCACAGAGCUGAAGAUCAACUCCAACCCCUUCGCUAAAGGCUUCCGAGAGGAUGGCAUGAACAGCAAAAAGCAAAGAGAUGCAAGACAGAAGCGCAAAAUAACUGUCUUGACAGAGACCUUGGAUAUUGUGAACUGUGACCCAUGCGACUCCACUGAGCUUCUGCCGCAACCCACCACCACCACCACCACCACCACCAGCAGCACAGACCUGCAGGCCCUCGCUCUGGCCUCCCUGCCACCACUGCCUGAUCCCUCCUGUGGGUACAGACCACAGGAGGCCUCCUAUCGGGACACGCUGGUCCCGGAGCAGCAGCUCGACCUCGGUCAGGCAUUCAUGGCAUCCCAGAUGUCUGACAUCAGCAUUUCCAUGGCCAAUGGGAUGCAGGACACACCGGGGAGCGAGGUGGCAAAUAGUAUAAUUGAAAGAUCGGACACUAUGGGUGAAGCAGCUUAUACCUCCAGCUUCCCUGCUGCUCAGGCCAACUCCUCCUCUUUCCCCUCAGCUCCUCUUCCUCAGUCAUCCUCCUCUUUCCCCUCCCUCCCCGUCCCCGACCCCUCAGACACAUCCGAUCCCCAGCCCUCCAUCUCUCCUAUCGACUAUCCCUCCAUUCUCUCCUCCUCACCCACGCUCUCCUCCUCCACCACCACCACCACUCCCUCUCUGCAGCAGACCUCCUUCACCUUCCCCACUCCGCCUCCUUCCAACUCCUCCUCGCCACAGCCACUCCUUCCCUCCUCCUCCUCCUCCUCUCCCUCCGCCAACACCUAUCACACCAUCCCAGAGACGAUCAGGCCCCACGCGACGACAGACGCCUCCUUUCCUGCCCCACCCUCGGCAUGUCAGACAGGUCUGCAGGACCAAAUAUCCGCUCAUUCUCUGCUCACUCAGCCCAGUCAGGCACUGCAGGGUGAACCUGUUACCAGCGGAAAUAAUUCACCCAGCGAUCAAAGCUCAGCAGCAUUUAUCUAUCCAAAUAUCCUGCCUCCAAAUCCGGAUCCUGCUCCAGCUGCUGCUCAUCCUCACCCCAACCAAAACCAAAACCAAAACCAACUACCAGCUCCCAAUCUGCCGUGCUCCCUACCCACCCACGGUGCCGCCACGUCGUUCGCCUUCCCCUCUGUCCCUCCACACAUGCAAAAUCUCUCCUUUUCAAAUGUAUCUCCCAGCCCUGCCCACCCUGCCUUGCACCUCCCAAAUCUCAGCCACCAAGCCCCAGCUCCCUCCCUUGCUGCUGCCUUCCCUCCCUCCUCCUUCACUCAUCCAUCAUCCUCCCUUCCUCACCCUCCUUUCCAACCCUCCUCUUGCUUGGCUGUCCCCUCUUCUUUCCAGCAGUCCGUCUCCUCCACUCCAACCGCCCAUCCUCAGAACUUGCCCAAUCCUUCUGCGUCCUCCUCAUACCCUCCGGUUGAACUAGGUGGCAUCCCUCAGUUCAACCCCCCUGCCCCCUAUCGCCCGGAGAUGGUGCUGCACCACCCGUCUCUCCUCCCUCAGCUGGAUCCAUCUCUUCCCUCCUCCACCCCUCCCCCGGCCCUCUACCCAGCCUUUCCGUCCUACCCUCUCCGCCUGUGUCAGGACCCUCACUCGUCCCUCUCCAUCCCUUUCAGGCAUCUGUACAGACAACACCAACACGGCCACGCCCACCCCCAGGGGUCCUACAUGAUGGACAUGAGCACGAGACCAAUGUUUUAA